GGUCGGGCAGCAGCUCUGCACGACCUCGCCCUGCAGCUCUCACCCCAUUUGCUCGCUGGGCUUCCCCUCCAAGCCAGGCGGGAUAAUCCCCACGCUCAGAGCAUCCCCGGAGCCGCAGAGCAUCAUCCCCGCGGCGCCGGCUGCCGGGGAAGGGAUGAAGACGCUAUGGCCAAGCUUUUGCUGAAACUCCAGCGCUAUUUUCGGCGCAGACCCGUGCGUUUCUUCACUCUGCUGGCGCUGUACCUGGCGGCGGGCAGCUUGGUGUUCCUGCACUCCGGUUUCUCCGGGGAGCCCCGGGUGCCGGGGAGCCCUCGGAGCCCCGCGGCCGCAGAGGGGCCGGGGCUGCCCUACCUGGGGGUGAUGCAGCUCAGCCGCGGCUUCAAGGCGGCGGCCACGAUGCCGGCGGGGGCCCGACGACACGGGCCAUGGUUCAAAAGCACCUCCAAGGAGCCGUCGGACAGGGGGAAACCCCGGGAAAACGGCGGCACCAGGAGCCGGACGGUGCGGGGCAGGAGCGGCCGCGACAAGGAGGAGGACAGAGCCCGGUACGUCGGCUGCUACGAGGACAACACCCGGCAGAGGACCCUGCGCGGGAUGUCCUUCUUCGACUACAAGAAGAUGACGGUGUUCCGCUGCCAGGACAACUGUGCCGAGAGGGGGUACCUGUACGCGGGGCUGGAAUUCGGGGCCGAGUGCUACUGCGGGCACAAGAUCCAGGCCUCCAACGCCAGCGAGUCCGAGUGCAACAUGGAGUGCAAGGGGGAGCGGAGCAACACCUGCGGCGGCAUCAACCGGCUCUCCAUCUACCGCCUGGAGCUGGCCCAGGAGUCCGCACGCAGGUAUGGAAGCGCGAUAUUCCGGGGGUGCUUCCGCCGGCCGGAAAACGUCUCCAUCGCCCUGCCUGCCAGCCAGCUCAUGCUCAACAUGUCUGUGGAUAAAUGUGUGGAUUUCUGCACAGAGAAGGAAUUCCCGCUGGCAGCGCUGGCGGGCACCACGUGCCGCUGCGGCUUCCCCAGCACGCUGUUCCCGCUGCACGAGCGCGAGGACGAGCAGCUCUGCGCCCACAAAUGCGCCGCCGAGGAGUUCGAGAGCUGCGGCUCCGCCGACUUCCUGCUGGUCUACCAGACACAAGUGCAGGACAACCGCUGCAUGGACAGGAGGUUCCUGCCCAGCCGUGCCAAGCAGUUGGUGGCCCUGGCCAGUUUUCCUGGAGCUGGGAACACCUGGGCCCGGCACCUGAUCGAGUUGGCCACCGGCUUCUACACCGGCAGCUACUACUUUGAUGGCUCCCUGUACAACAAAGGAUUCAAGGGCGAGCGGGACCACUGGAGGAGCGGGAGGACCAUCUGCAUCAAGACCCACGAGAGUGGGCAGAAGGAGAUCGAGUCCUUUGACUCUGCCAUCCUGCUCAUCCGCAACCCCUACAAGGCCCUGAUGGCCGAGUUCAACCGCAAGUACGGGGGACACAUCGGCUUCGCCGCCCACGCCCACUGGAAGGGCAAAGAAUGGCCGGAAUUUGUGGCUAAUUAUGCCCCGUGGUGGGCAACCCACACUCUGGACUGGCUGCGCUAUGGCAAGAAGGUGCUGGUGGUGCACUUUGAGGACCUCAAACGCGACCUGUUCGUGCAGCUGCAGAGGAUGGUGGCCCUGCUGGGUGUCACGGCCUGUGAGGACAGGCUGCUGUGCGUGGAGGGACAGAAGGAUGGAAACUUCAAGCGUUCUGGGCUGAGGAAGCUGGAGUAUGACCCCUACACGGCCGAGAUGAGGAAGGCCAUCAGCGGCUACAUCCGCACCGUGGACGCCGCCCUGAAGCUCCGCAACCUCUCGGGGGUCCCUGAGGAUUAUUACCCCAGAUGAUGGUGACCACAGCGGGGGGAUGGCGCCCAGGGGUGGCUCUGUCCUCCCAGAUUCUGCCUAAUUCCACCCAGUGGGUGGCUCCUCUUUUAACCCUCCAUGUGCUGCUGUAGCUGUCGGUCACUCCCUGCAUGAGCCGCCGCAGGUCCCCAGCCACUGCUGAGCUUUUUUUUGGCCAACCUGGGGACAUGGGUGCCUUCCCUGCUCCCCACAGGGUCCCCUGCUCCUGUUCUGGCUGCCCCAGCCCUCCUGGGAAGGGCAGGGGGAUGCUUGUGUCCCCUCAGGCUCUCCUGGGGACGUCGAGCUGCUCAGGCUUUGGUGUACCCAGAGCUGAGCUCCUUGGGGUGGGUGUCCCCAAAAUCCCAGCCCUGCAAGGAUUCCACUUGUCCUUGGAUGGAAUCUUCAGCCGUCCCAAGGGAGGAUGGACCAAGGGUGUGGCACUCUCCUGGAUCCUGUCUGAGGUUAUGGGAUGGCAAAGCUGUGCUGUGCAAUGUCCCCAGACCUGGUGCCUGCGGCCCAUUGAGCCAUCCUGUGGCUCUCUGAGAAUUCCCUGGAAUUCCCCAGCCACAGCCCCAGGCCAAGUUGCUGCUCCAGCCCUUGGGGGGGCCCAUGACCCCCACCAGUGUGGCCACAGGGGAAGCUCCCCUUCCCUGUGGAUGCAGCUCCAGAGGAGGAAAAUUUCCCUGGAGCUGCUGGGCCCCACGAGCUCAUCCAGGCCUCAUUUCAGAGCCCACGAGCCAGAAAAUCCCCUCAGGAGCAUUUCUGGGGGGCCAGGGGCAGUUUGGGGGACUAAAAGCAGGGUCCACACUGCACCCAACCCCCGUGGGGAGCAAACCCUGGGGCUGAGCUUUGGGGGUGCCCCAAAGCCAAACCAAAGGAUCCCACACACCGGGAAUGUGCCGAUUUCCGGGCUGGCUUUGUGCACAGCUGCAUGUGGUCCCUGGCUGUCCCCUCAUCCCACGCCACCCUCCCCAUCCUGGCUUGGUCCCAAAUGAGCUCCCAACCCGCAAAACCCCUUGGAUGUAGGUGCAAAAGCCAUAUAUUGUACGCAGCCUUUUCUAGAGUUAGAGAUUCACCAGUUGGCUUUUAACUCUUGAUCCUGAUAGAAAUGCAGGCACAGCUCGAAUCCAGAGACCCUGCUUGGUCUCUGUUUCCAAGAGAGAAGAAAACUCCCUGGAGCAAAAAGGAGAAUUUCAAUAAAAAUCUAUUUUUCUAA